CCAACCAAUCAGGGCUUACCAUUCUCAGCGCGUGGAGAAGUUAGCACUCGGGUGCCAGUCUGGUCGGGAGCCACGAUGGAUACAAUACCAUGCCUUUUGAUCGUCUUGUUUUCCUUAACAAGGAUACAGGAAAAUAACGCCCUCCAGUGUCACUGCGAGCGCUGCAGUGCCAACUCGAGCUGCACAACAGAUGGCGUCUGUUUCGUCAACAUCCGCAAGACGGGCAACACCUUGACGACGGAGCUGCGCCAGUGCGUUCCCGAAAAAGAGCUGUUCCCGCGGGAUCGACCCUUCAUCUGCGCCCCAUCCUUCAAGCACGACACGGGCCUUUAUCCCAUUUGCUGUACCACCGAUUAUUGCAACAAGGACCCUGACCUCACCGUUUUCCCUGUCCCUACUGCAAAGACUCCAUCUCUGGGACCCGUGGCUCUUGCCGCAGUGAUUGCCGGGCCGGUGUGUAUCUUCUGCUUGCUGCUGGUUUUGGCAUUCUACGUCUGCCACAGCCACCGGGGGCUGGGGGCCGGCGGGGCAGGGCCCCACCAUCACCACCACCACCACCGCGUGCCCAACGAGGAGGAUCCCUCCAUGGACCACCCUUUUAUCACCGUUGGAACGACGCUGAAGGACCUCAUCUAUGAUAUGACCACCUCAGGUUCAGGAUCGGGCCUGCCUCUUCUUGUCCAGAGAACAAUUGCCAGGACCAUCAUCCUCCAGGAAAGCAUAGGGAAGGGGCGUUUUGGGGAGGUGUGGCGAGGUAAAUGGCGUGGCGAGGAAGUGGCUGUGAAGAUUUUCUCCUCCCGGGAGGAGCGGUCUUGGUUCCGAGAAGCUGAGAUCUACCAAACCGUGAUGCUGCGACAUGAGAACAUUUUGGGCUUCAUCGCCGCAGACAACAAAGAUAAUGGGACCUGGACACAACUGUGGCUGGUGUCGGACUAUCAUGAGCACGGCUCUCUGUUUGACUACCUGAACCGCUACACGGUCACCGUCGAAGGCAUGAUCAAGCUGUCUCUGUCCACCGCGAGUGGCCUGGCCCACCUCCACAUGGAAAUUGUUGGAACGCAAGGCAAGCCAGCGAUCGCUCACCGAGACCUGAAGUCAAAGAACAUUCUGGUGAAGAAGAACGGAACCUGCUGCAUUGCAGAUUUAGGUCUCGCUGUCCGGCAUGACUCGGCCACCGAUACCAUUGACAUCGCUCCGAAUCACAGGGUGGGAACCAAAAGGUAUAUGGCCCCAGAAGUACUGGAUGACUCCAUAAACAUGAAACACUUUGAAUCCUUCAAGCGAGCCGACAUCUACGCCAUGGGAUUGGUCUUCUGGGAGAUUGCCAGUCGCUGCUCCAUGGGAGGAAUCCAUGAGGACUACCAGCUACCAUACUAUGACCUGGUUCAGUCCGAUCCAUCGGUGGAGGAGAUGAGGAAGGUGGUUUGCGAGCAGAAGCUUCGGCCGAACAUUCCCAAUCGCUGGCAGAGCUGCGAGGCGUUACGUGUCAUGGCUAAGAUCAUGAGAGAGUGCUGGUACGCCAACGGCGCCGCCCGACUCACGGCGCUGCGGAUCAAGAAGACCCUCUCCCAGCUCAGUCAACAGGAGGGAAUCAAGAUGUAGAACGCAAACAGGCACGCAGACGCAUUUCGGACUGGCAUCCGUAUCAUUAGCAUUACAUUCGUUCUCAUCGACAUUCGGUUUUCCUCUCCUCCGGAUCGGGAGGGAAACGCAGACAUGAUUUCUCUCUUUCUCGCCCUUCACUCGCCAAACGGUGAGUUUUGCAUUUAGAACCGAAGACAUUGUCGGCGCGUUGCACACCCGAAUCCACGGACGGGCGGGUCAACGGUUGAAUGUGAUGAAGGGACGGCGGUGCCCGAGGAGGGCAGUAAAAGUGGACGUAAAAGGAAACCUUCACCUGUUUUUCCUCCUUGUUCCUUCACUCAUGAAAGGAAGACCCUCUUCAAGACCCUUUUGGACAACGGGAGUCCAUCCAGACGGGCCUUCAUUGCUCGGACAUCCUCAGGUAGAUCCAGCAGCAGACAGUCGGUUGGUAUCGCCCUGAGAGACCGCAGAGCCGCCUUACAUGUUCAUCCUCGCCCGCCUCAUUUGUGUAUUUGCGUUUCAUGAUUCACUUGGCUGGGCUGUGAGCGAAUCGCGUUCAUCCAAUGUACGUUUUUUUUCUUCUAAUGUGAUGAUAUGUCACAUUAGCCCAAUCCGCGGGGACAAUUUACCAACACAAACGGCGCGUUCUUUAACGAAUAUCAUUAGACAAAAGUGCUCCCGCAAGACGAAUGCGUUCUCGUCUCGGGAUUGAAAAGCGUCGGUUUGACUCGACCGUGGAGAAAUGCACAGCGCGGAUAGUUGUUUGUGGCUGCCCUAGUUCGUGGAAACUCGUAUGCUCAAGCUAAAUUAUGAGGAAAGAAGUCCUAUGCGAUUCUUUAGAAAGCAUUUUCCUUGUACUGGGAGCAGCAAAAUAAAUCACUGUCUGCCAUGGAUGAUUUAAAAAAAAAUGGCUUUGAAGCUCAGCCAUGAUGAAUAGUAUUUGAGUGUCAUUAUUAUUCAUCAUGGAUGUCGGGGUGAGUAGCACCAAGGACUAAAGUAUGGACCCGAGUUUUCAGACACCCUCUGUGCAGUCCGGUCAGAAUUUUCAGCAACAUUUCUCAUGGCUACUCUGAUCUUGCACCUGGUUUUGAUUUUCUUACUGUUGUAUUAUAUCCCCGUCUCCCCCUUUGUAUUAUCACGGAGAUGUGAAGGUCAGUUUAAUUUAUUGUGGUUUCUUUUCUUUGGAGUGGCAGGGCAUGGUUUUCUUCUUUUGAACACUCAAAACUUGGACGUGAUGACCUCAUUCACUCGUGGCAAACAUGCUGCAUCAUAUGCAAUUUAAAAUGUGUAUUUUCUAUACUCAAGUCACAAACAACAACAACAAUCAGCUGCCGCCAUGCCUUCCAGUCCAGCUGUUACCGGAAAGUGCCAGUGCUUUAAAAAAAAAAAAUCCUUGAUGCAUGCCAGCUGCUCCGCAAAGCAUUCGUGUCUGCCAUGUAUGCAGCUGUGUAUGUUUGCGUGACAGAAGACGCCGAGCAUACAGUCGCUCGUACUAUGCACACCCAAAAAAAAAGUCCCGAAGGGAAAGGAAAGAUCACGUCACAGCGCUAACAACAACCCAGCCUCAACCCUCUGGUGCCAUUUCAUGACCUGCCCUCGCCUCGGCCAAUAACUCUACGAACAGCUCGUCCUCCCUAUUGAUCAUUUUUUUUGUCCAGGGACAAUCAGCAUAUCACAAAAACUUUUUCAAACGCUUCAAAGAAUGAUGGACGUUACCCUGAGCAGAGAAUCUAAAUUCCAUGCUCAACUUCUGUUUGUGCAGCAGUUGCAUUCAAAACAUUGCCCAACCACAUUUAAGUUUCAAAGUAGACUAAGCCAUAGCUCAAUGUUGUGUGUGUGUGUGUGUCAUCCUUGUGAGCUAAAAGUUUAGGGACCAAUGACAGGAUCUUUUAUGUACAUAUGCGACAAGUCAUGAAAACUAACCGCAAGAAGAACACCUGAUAAAAGUUGUUCACUGUUGCCAUCAAAAUCGUCCCUUCACAACUUUCAAAAAUCGGGCUCCAAUGGAAAUUAAUUUCGGGUCCAUAUGCAGACUCAUACGUUCAUGUCAAGAAUAUGGACUAAAUGCUGAAAUGGCUUUUAAAACUCCAAAAGUCAAGCGGUUGAAAUAAGAUUCAUGAUUGCGCUAAUUCUACCUCUGCCCUCGUUUUGUUGUUUGUUUUUUAGCACGUUUUCAGAAAAACGUAUGGAAUAUAGAAAUAUUGAUGACAAACCUGAUGUGAAAAAACGAAGUAUGUUUUUAAUCUGCACCUCAAAUACGUGAAGGGACACAAAGCCAUCUCUGGUUAAAAUUAGCGGGCGACCGGUCCAAUUUUGCGAGGGGAUGCCGGUAAACCGUACAGCCCAAAUCACAUAUAGCACCUGGUUUCGCUGUUGGUCGGACUCAUUUUUGUUCUGUGGCCCGAUCUGCUCUCGCCUCUGCAAAACAGAGCGAUCGGUGGUGUCGGUGAAAUAAUCGCAAAACUUAAAGCGGGACUGUAGCUGUGCGGCUUGUUUGUUUCAUUAGCAAUGUCAUUUCUCUGGGAUUAUUACUUAAAACAAAACACACACAAAAAAGACAGAAACUGCAGCACCUCUGGUAUGUCUCAACUCUGAUUUCUGUCAUUCUUGUCUUAAAAAGUCACCAGCAGCCUUGUACUUUUUCUUUUCAAAGCCCAAGGUGACCCGACUGUACAAAAACACAACAUUCAUGCUCCUUGUCUUCAUUCGGCAAUUUUUUUGACGUCCUUGAUGCUUUGUCGCCUCUCUUGUCCAUUCCGUGAGCUCUAAUCUCAUCGCUACCAAGGGCCACACUUCACUGCAGCUUGCAGCUCAGCUCAGGAUUCACUCGACUAGAAUUAUUCAUUUGGAUUUAAUUCUUAAAUUACGCUUGAGACAAACGCACAUGCGUAAACGGGGAUAGUAUGUUUCGAAACACUUGGAUGGAUACUCAAACGCUCAUCGCUUUGAUCGGCCAAUAUAAGCGCUUUUAAGAUCGGCUUUUUUUGCUCCGUUAUAAAAAUUAAACAAAAUACUAAUGGCCAAAAUAUUGUGAAAGAGUCAAAUCUGCAUUAGUAUCGUUGUAAGCGUUAAUAGACCAAAAAAAGAAGUCAUUUUAUUCAUUACUUAUUUAUUUCUAACUAUUUUUAAUCUGCAAUUAAUUUUAAUCUGCGAUUAAUCUGCAAACGGAAUAUUAUUCUGCCAUAUAUUGGAAUCGACGUGGGUUAAUUUGUACUAAAUUAAAAGUCACUUUUUAACAUCACGGUCCACUUUUCUAUCUGGUUCAGUGAGCUGUGAUUAAACCAAUUCCUGUCUCUUUGAUGAAAAAAAAAUCUGUUUGUGAUUCCGAUUUAGCAAUCAGUGGGCGCGAGCUGCCUUGUCUGCGCGACUUGGUGUCUCCCAAGCCUGUCAGGUAUACCGCACGUGUACUGUAUGCCUUUUCUUGGCGAGUAGCCGUUUUCCUGCUCUAAAAAGAGGGACACCGAAAACUAUGCCAGCAGCUCUACCACCUCAGACCAUAAACAGCUGUGAAUGUAUCGAGCCAGCAUCCGAGCAUGAACGACCAAUGGGAGCACAAGCCGCAUCACGACGUAAAGGUCACGGCGGCAGCGUGCGAGCGCGCAAAUAUCCGCAACACUGGUCGUCCUCUCUGUCACUCUCUUUGUUUUAUUUAUGCAAAACAACCGUCAGGGCAUCGUCCGCACAGGUUCGUCGAUUUAGUUUCAAUGCUUACGUGAUCCACACUGUGAACAGGACGAGUUGCUCGGAAAACGGUUUAGGAAACGAGCAAGUUGUAGCCCACCCGCUCACCUACAGGGAUUUCAAUGUUACUUGGGGUCCAAAAGUGCUCGGAAAGGCUGCAGUGAAGCUCUUGUGGCGUGAAAAGUAGCAGGAAGCUAGCUUGAUUAGCAGUGUUACUUUGUUUGUUUUUUGUCAUUAACUUUUCGAAUGCCAAGACUGCACGCGAUUGUCCAUUCGCUUUGUAGAAGUCAUCCUGAAACUGAACAUCAUCAUCAUAACCGAAAAAAAAAAAAAAAAUAUUUGAAAAAAGAAAAUACCUCCAUUUUAAAGACCAAUGUGUUUUACCUCACUGUAAAUAUAGUCUCUUAUUUGUUUACUCCGAUUUGUUUUUAUUUCUAUGAAAUGCUUAAGAAAUUAAAGAGAAGUUUUGUUUUCUUUCUUCUACGGCUUUUUUUUUUUUUUUUCAUCGCGUGGCAUUGUGUUUUGUGAGUCCAAACAUUGACGGAACGUUUCCACGUUGCCACUCAUGCUCUGUGUGUGACCCAUCUCGGUAGUGUUGUUCGACGUGAGCUGUACAGUUUAAAAGUGCUUUACAGAUGUGAAGCCCCAUUUCUGAGCUCUGCUACAAAUGCCUUGUUCGAUAUGCUCUUUGUCUUAAAAAAAAAAAAAAAAACGGAAGGUGGAGGGGAAAAAAGAAGUCAAUGUGGUAUUUGAGAAGCUCUCCUCGCCACAUUGACCCCUCUUGGAUUUCUAAACAUAUUAUCUUGACUUUUUUUUUUAUAUAGUGUGUACACAGAUGAAUGAGAGUUCAUAGGAACUAGAGGACUGAAACAUGUUAACUUUUAACAUAGCUGGAGUAGAAAAUGGCGUGAAUAAAGAAUGUUUCACUACA